AUGCUGCUGCUGCCCGCUUCUUUGGGGCCACUUGGCCUGGUCUAUGUGGAGGAAGCCCCCAAGACCCCGCUCAACCACUACCGCACAGUCACGUUCCGGCAGCUCACGCAAGCCAAGCAGGGCAAUGAAUGCAGUCUGCAGUGGGGAGGCCAGGUCCCCGAAUCUCUCAUUUUCAAACCAUUUACUAAUUUCCUCAAUUCUCCCAUGAACAACGGCACAGCUGAUGUUAGCAAAUACACCUCGUCUGUUCCCUUCUAUAACGAUGACGGUUUAGGUUUGGAUGGUCAGAGGUGGUUUACUGAAGACGUCACGGUGCGGCCUGGUAACCCACCAGCUUGGCUGUGCCCUGACCUCGGGGAUUCUUGUCUGAGCAGCUCACGGACGGAGGCCUGCUAA